AUGUUCAAGUCGUUAUGCGUACUCACGCUCGUAAGUUGUCUUCUGCACGUCCAAGACUCGCUCUCGGCGAGUUUGUCGCGCAACGGCGACCUUAACGAGAGUUUCCUCGAGCAUCCACGCUACCACAACUAUGACCAGCUUACGACACUCUUCCGUAAACUGGAGGCGGACUACCCGAACCUCGCCAAGCUCACCUCCGUCGGGCGGUCGGUGAAGAACCGCGAGUUAUGGGCGCUGGAGAUCAACGCCAAUGUCCGGCAAGAACGGCAGCUGCUCACGCCGAUGUUUAAAUACGUCGCUAACAUGCACGGCGACGAGAGCGUCGGCAGACAGCUGACUAUUUAUCUGGCGCAAUACUUGCUCAGUAACUAUGGGGUAGAUGAGAGGAUUACCAGGCUGGUCAAUACUACAGAUAUUUAUUUAAUGCCUUCUAUGAAUCCGGAUGGCUAUGAAAAUUCUCAGGAGGGUAUGUGUGAGAGUAAGGAUAGAUAUGUAGGACGUCAGAAUGAGAAUAACGUCGAUCUCAACCGAGAUUUCCCCGAUCAAUUCGACCCGGUGCGAAUUGGCACGAUUUUGGCUGGUAGACAGCCGGAAACAGUCGCCAUUAUGACUUGGAUCAUCUCGCGGCCGUUUGUUUUGUCGGGUAAUCUCCACGGAGGCGCAGUUGUUGCUUCCUAUCCGUAUGACGACUCUGCCUCCAAGCGGACAUGCUGUCGUGAGAGUUUAUCGCCGGAUGAUGGUGUCUUUAAAAAGCUGGCGUUGACUUAUUCUCAGCGACAUGAGUCGAUGAAGAAGGGCACUGAGUGUAAGCCGGACACGUUUGUCAAUGGUAUUACUAACGGUGCAUUCUGGUAUGAAGUACGAGGUGGAAUGCAAGAUUUCAACUAUGUGCAUUCCAAUUGCUUUGAAGUCACCUUUGAACUCAGCUGCUGUAAAUUCCCAUGGGCGAAAGUAAUGCCGCGCGAGUGGCGCAUUAAUAAAGAACCCAUGUUGGCGUUCAUCGAAGCAUCGCACUGGGGUGUCAAAGGUUUGGUCAAUGAUAAAGCCGGCGAGCCGGUGUUGGAUGCGGAUGUGGUCGUCGAAGGACUUAAUCAUAACAUUACAACAUCGAAUCGCGGCGAGUAUUGGCGAUUGUUAUUGCCUGGCACAUACAGUAUGUAUGCAACGGCUUACGGGUAUAAAACGUCGGAUCCGGUGAGUGUUCAAGUGGAGGAGGGUCGAACCAGCAUCCAGCAUUUCAUCCUCGAGCGUCACGCGCCCGACGAGAACGCAAAAGGUGCGGUCCGGCCGUAUCAGCAGCUCCAGGAGGUGCGCGACGCGCGCGCCGGGCAAAUCAGUGCGGGAGACAUGCGGCAUCAUCACUACGAUGCAAUGCGCCACUUUCUGGAGGAAUACGCCAAGUCGUAUCCGAACAUCACGCGGAUGAAAAGCAUCGGCAAAUCGGUGCAGGGCCGAGAAUUAUUUGUGUUUAUCAUUGGCAACACACCAGAUAAACAUGUUGCAGGUAAACCGGAGUUUAAAUACGUCGCAAACAUGCAUGGUAACGAAGUGGUCGGCAGGGAAUUACUCCUGAUGUUGAUUAAAUAUCUCUGCGAGAAUUAUCUGGAGGAUGAGAGAGUUACGCGUAUUGUAAAUACAACACGGAUUCAUUUAAUGCCGAGUAUGAAUCCGGAUGGGUACGAGAAGGGUAUUGAAGGUGAUGCUGAUGGUAUUCAAGGUCGUGCAAACGCACAUGGCGUUGAUUUAAACCGCAACUUCCCAGAUCAAUAUGUUCUUAACCAUUUUAAUAAAAUCCGUGAACCUGAAACACAAGCCGUCAUGGACUGGAUACUGUCGGAGAAUUUCGUCCUGUCUGCAAAUUUACACAAUGGCGCACUCGUGGCGAAUUACCCCUAUGAUGAUACGCCCGGAAAAUCACCGGGAAAUAUCCCCAAUCCAUCUCCGGAUGACCCGACAUUCCAGCAUCUGGCAAAAGUAUAUUCCAACGCGCAUAAGAAGAUGCACCUUGGGCGUCCUUGCCCGCUGUUCCCGAAGGAGCACUUUGAUGGUGGUAUUACCAACGGUGCGCAGUGGUAUUCCGUCACGGGCGGCAUGCAGGACUGGAAUUAUUUAGUCGCUGGUUGCAUGGAAAUCACCCUAGAAUUGGGCUGUACUAAAUUCCCAAUUGCUAGUGAACUACCCGAGUAUUGGACGGAUAACAAAGAAGCAUUAUUGGCGUAUAUGGAAGAAGUACACAAAGGUAUUUCGGGUUUUGUUUUUACAACAAUCGGACAUGUUAUCCCAUCGGCGGAGAUAACCAUUGAUGGAAUCAAUCAUGUGAUACGCGCUGCACCAACUGGUGAUUUCUACAGAGUUUUGAUACCUGGUAGUUAUAAUAUCACGGCUUCUGCGCGAGGAUACGAAGCGUAUACGCAACUUGUGACUGUGCCUGCAUCCGGGCACGUGCAGGUGAAUUUUACGCUUAUGAAAGACGAUCCGAUUCAUUGGUCUAGCGCGUAUGAUUUCGGCGUGACAGAAAACCUCUACAAACCGAAAUAUCACAGCAAUAGUGAGUUGUAUUCAACGAUGGCCGCGUUGGAGAACCGGUAUCCCGACGCGGCUGAAUUCGAAGCUGGGGAUGAUUAUAUAUCCAUGACGAUACAUUCACUGAAAAUUAGUGAUAAAAUACGUGCGAGUGAUGAAGGUAAACUGCACGUCGCGAUUAUAGGUAAUCUGUUCGCGACGCAGCCGGUGGGUAGGGAACUGGUGGUGAAUCUAGCAAGACAUUUGCUACAAGGGCAUAAGUUUGGCGAUCCGAAUAUUGUCGACAUGAUGCGAAACGCCGUGUUUCACUUGGUGCCUGUGAUCGAUGUGCACUUCGAAAACAUUUGGGGUGAUUUCGAUAAAGAAGCAUCGGGUAAUGAGAAACCGGAUUAUAGAUGUAAUCCGAUCACUGCUGAUUUCAAACAGGUAGGAAGUCAGUUAAUUGGUGAAGGGCGCAUGAACGGCAAUCCGCAGAAUCAUAUCGUCAACGCGUUCAAGCAUAUGCUACUCGAUGAGAAGUUUGAUUUAAUUUUGAACUUUGAAGGUGGACAACGUGGAUUAAUUUAUCCGCGUCAUGAGCCGUUUCACAAGUACACCGCAGGGUAUUUGGAGAAUUUCAAAGUAACACAAGGAUGCCCCAAUGGGCAAUCAGUAGGCACAGACGCGAAUCUCACCGAGCAUGUGCUCACUGAGUUUGGCCUGCCGAUGUUCACAGCGAAAGUCUCUUGCUGUGAUUAUCCUGCCAUCAGUAAUGUGCCGUGGAUUUGGCGUGAGGUACUCGCACCUUCUGUGGCUUUCCUGCGGCAGGUACGCACUGGUUUCUACGGCGCAGUGACGGACAUUCAAGGCAACAAGAUGAAGAACGCUAGUGUUAUGAUUCCGGCUUUGAAUCAAGUUUUUGAAGUUGGGCAUGUCUCUGGCGCGUUUAAAGUGAUGCUGCCUGUUGGCGAAUAUGCCGUCGAGGUGGUGUGUCAUAAUUACAAUCCGGUUGUGAUGAAUAUUCACAUUGAGAAGGAUAAGAUGAGCAGGUAUGAUGUGAAGAUGUCGUUUGCGGGGACGACGCCAGUGGCUGAAUUGCACUCGGCUGAUGGUAGCAGAUCUGGACUUGGCGGAUUCAUUCGUGAUAAUCAUGAUAACCCGGUGCCGAACGCAAAUAUCACCGUAAAAGAAGUAGGUUUUAGCGUGUUGUCUGGUUCGGUUGGGAAUUAUUCGAUUGCGUUGACGGCUGGGCAGUAUACAGUGACUGUGGUUGCCAGUGGGUAUGAAACGAUGGUGAAAUACGUGAGUGUCAGCGAUGUGAAGCAGAACUUAUUGGUUUUUACGCUUAUAAGGGAUGAACAUGUGUGGGGAAUGCCUAGAAAUAUUUUUAUUUUAUUUAUUGUAAUAAUUCUCUUCGUGAUUGUUGGAUGCGCCACAUUUUGUUGUAUCUGCUGCAAGGAUAAUAAGGAUUACGGUAAUUUGCGGUACGGACGUCUGCCGCAGGACUCGCUAGAUGAGAAAUCGUUUUUAGGAUCAAUAAAAGACUUUGAUAAACCAAUCACUAGACCAUAUUUUGAUGAUGACGACGAUGAAUACGACGCAGGUUCCAAUAUGAGUUCCUCUGAUGAUGAGAUUGUUCACCUCAGUCUUGAUAAGGACCGCCGUCAGUUGAUUAAGGAAUGAAACUCUCUUUCUGCUAAUUUGUUCCGUAACUGUUGAUUGGCAUACAACUGUAAUAUCACAUUUGUACAUAUGUUUGUUUGUUAAUUGCAUAUAAUGUUUCCAUUGUUUUUAAAAUUAAUGUUACUACGAUUAUUUAA